AUGCCAAAAAGAAGCAAACAGAAUCCACAUCUUCAGGAAAUUCUAGACAAACGUUUAGCUGUUGAUCAAGUAGAUGAUGAAAGUAGUAGCGAUGUAUCGUCAGAAGAUGAACAAAUGGACACCGACGAUUAUACCGCGGAAGAGAAAGAGCGAUUCAAUUUUAGAUCUGUUGAGUUUUUAACUCAUGUUGCUGAUUUUUUCGGUGAAUGA